GAUUAGCGCGAAAGCAAGGGGUGGGUGUUGAGGAUUAAAUCGUGCUCUUUAUCUCCGUAUAGAAAAGAUUACCUAUAGAUUACAAAACUAUUAUUCACUGAGGUGGUUUCAUGGUUGUCUCAGCAUUUGAUUUAUUCGAUAGAACACUUUUGAAUUGUAUUACAGUUGCGCAACUAUUACAGGAAAUACGACGAGCGACAGUUUCGGCCUGAGUAUUCUUUACCAGCUGAUCCAACUGCUACACGAAAGAAAAAAAGAAAACACAAAAACAUGGCGGCAGAGAUCCACUCCAGGCCUCAGAGCGCCAGACCCGUUCUGCUAAAUAAAGUGGAGGGGCAUCAAGACACCGUUAACGUAGCGAUUUUGAUCCCGAAAGAGGAUGGGGUAAUCACGGCGGGCGAAGACAGGACUAUAAGAGUCUGGCUCAAGCGGGACAGUGGCCAAUACUGGCCAAGUAUCUAUCACAUGGUGUCAUCUCCCUGUUCUGCUAUGUGCUAUCACCAUGACAGCAAACGCAUUUUUGUUGGACAAGAUAACGGUGCCAUUAUAGAGUUUGAAAUUGCUGAAGACUUUAAUAAGAUGACUUUGAUCAAAUCAUAUCCAGCACACCAAAAUAGAGUGUCUGCAAUUGUUUUCUCUCUGGUGUCUGAGUGGGUCAUCAGUACUGGCCAUGACAAGACCGUCAGUUGGAUGUGUACGAGAAGUGGCACCAUGUUAGGACGUCAUUACUUCACAUCAUGGGCCUCUACAUUACAAUAUGAUUAUGAUACAAAGCAUGCCUUUGUUGGAGACUACUCUGGACAAAUCACUUUACUAAAACUUGACCAGAGUAAUUAUUCUGUGAUCACAACAUUAAAAGGGCAUGAAGGUAGUAUAGGAUCCUUGUGCUGGGACCCAGUCCAGCGAUUGCUUUUUUCUGGAGCUUCAGAUAACAGCAUAAUCAUGUGGGACAUUGGAGGGAGAAAAGGAAGGACACUGCUGCUUCAGGGUCAUCAUGACAAGGUUCAAGCUGUUCGCUAUUUGCAGCUUACAAGACAACUGAUUUCUUGCUCAGCUGAUGGAGGGAUAGUAGUGUGGAAUAUGGAUAUCAGAAGAGAAGAGGCACCUCAGUGGCAAGAAAGUGACUCGUGUCAGAAGUGUGAACAGCCUUUCUUUUGGAAUUUGAAGCAAAUGUGGGAUACAAAGACUCUGGGCCUUCGACAGCAUCACUGUAGGAAAUGUGGGAAAGCUGUUUGUGGCAAGUGCAGCUCUAAGCGAUCUACUUAUCCCAUUAUGGGAUUUGAGUUUCAAGUUCGUGUUUGUGAUUCCUGCUAUGAGACAAUCAAAGAUGAAGAUCGAACAUCCUUGGCAUCAUUCCAUGAAGGCAAGCAUAGCAUUUUAUAUAUGAAUAUGGAUGUUUCUCGAGGACUGAUGGUGACAUGUGGAACUGACAGAGUUGUGAAGAUCUGGGACAUGACACAGUUAACUGGCUGCAGCAUAGCCACUGGCUUCUCUUCCCACUGAACUUCACAUCCCACAGUUGCUUUAGCUGAAGAAGCACUUAAUUCCAGCCUUAUCUUUUUAUUCUGGAAAAUUAUUGGAAUUUCAAAAAAACUUUACAUGUAAAAUUAUAUACUGAAAGAGUAAGAGAGAUGCUAAUCUGCUGUGUGAACCUGUGUUUCAAGACCUGCUCUGAUGCCCGGAUGUGCUGCAUUUGUCUCUGCUUACUGUACGUCAGUUUACACACAUUGGUGCCAGGAGUUGUAUUCAACCUAAAGAAAACUGUUAAACAGUAAUAUAAGAAAGAUCUAGUAACAAUAAGAAAAAAAAUAAGUUCUUGAACUGUGAUAGGUACUAAUUAAUAUUUGUUGAAUAUGGCCUAAUGGAGAAAAAGAAUCCUCUUUGUUAUAGGAUUUUUGUUAUAGGAUGUUGCUGAUUGAGGAGAAAUUUAUAGAAUUCCCUUGUGGGCUAUAGGAAAGAACACAUUUGGGAUAAGACGGAUCAUUUUAAGACAACUAAUGUAAAAUAAAAACAUGCUUACUGCCACUAUAGGCCGAAUAUGUUCAUAAGUUCAGAGUUUUGCUUUUAAAUUACAGAAUUGAAGACGGAAAGGCCAUAGCCUGAUGAAACUGUAAUAUUGUUGUGCAGUAAGUACAAAACUGAAGGGGAGAUACACAAAUAAGCACUUAUGUCCUUUCAUAUUCCUCUCCCCACACACAAAAAAGUAUUGAUGCAAAGAAAGUUCCAACAUAAACCACAUUUAUUCUUUAUCGUAUUAUUUUUAUUUUGCAUUAAAUCACUAUUGUUUGAGACAUUCUGUAAAACAUUAAAAAACGUUCAAAAUAGGAUCAAAUGAAAUAACAAUAAGAGAAUAUUUGACUUACUUGACCAGCUUAAUCUAGUUAUUGUUUUAAUGUAUUGUAGAUGUUUGGUUUUUAAAGUAUAUAGAGUUUCUGGAUGUUUUUCAUUCUAUUAUUAAUCUGUUGAGAUUUUAUCAUUUAUGUCUUUUAACCUCAGUUUCUGAUUUACUGGUGCACAAAUAUGUUUAUUAACAUUUACUUAGCAGCACUCUGGAAAGCUAAAGCCAUUAUGAAUAGUAUGUUAGGGGAAUAUCUGAAGGUGUAUUCAGUCUUUUGUAAGGAGAAAGUGUUCGAUAUUUGACUAAGCACUUGUAAGGUUUGAGGACAGUCAAAAUUAUACAAUUCAGUUUUACUUCUGAAACAUUAGAUUUAUAUUUAUUUUGGAACAACAAAAGUUUAUAGACUCCUUUUCUUAAUUUUGGCAAUGUAAUGAUCACCUUGAUUUUUUUGGGUUAUACUUAUUGUCAAAUUAUUUGCCAAAUGAUGAAAAACAGGCUAAAAAAUGUGAGAGAGUUAUGCUGGUCAAUUUGAUAUGGUCAUACAUUGUACACUUCAAAAACAUUAAAUUUGGAGGCCUUAA